AUGCCCACACUGCCUGAGGAAGAGGAGGACUCCCCCGAGGAUCAGGACAGUUCUUCUAGCUCUCCCAGUACGUGUGCACCUGCUGAGAGUGGCCCUGUCGUCAUGACUGGCCCCACCAUCAUCUACCCACAGAAGGCCUCCAUUGCCUUGCAAGAUGGCUGUCCUCGAGAGCAGGCCAGGCCACACAGUCCCAGAGCUCGUCUGGCCAGAAUCUCCUCUGCAGGAUCCAUCACCACAAUAGACAGCAAAGGUCACGUGAUUGACCUAUUAAAAGACAAGCUCCCGGAGAUACAGCUCUCUGAGGAGGAUCGUCAAAAAAAUCUGGAGCUGUUGGAUCAAGCCAAAAAGGUCAGCGACCGCUUCUUGAUGCGCCGGGGCCGACGUUCCACAAGCAGCCUUUCCGACUGUACCGCAGAAGAGACACACAGUCAACAGAUGAUCAGUCAGCAUCUGGACGUGGCCUCGGUGAGGGGCCAAAAGGAUGUGGAGGGCAGCAGACUAGCAGUGGAUUGGAAGCCCGCAGAGAAGAGGAAAGUGUCCUCUGGGACACUAACACCCCGUUUUGCCAUUCCAAAAGAGAACUGUGAACCCAAAAGUCCCCAAGGAACAAAUAAAAGUGACGAUGGAGGACGAAUUUCCAACCAGGCGCCGGCUACUGGGGUUGCCAAGCCCGUCCCUCGACCCCCGACGCAACAGGCCCCAUGCACUGCUGAAAUAAAAACAAUUGGUGCCUUUCCACCACUAAUGAGGGCUGUCUCCUGGGAUGCCAUCGGGGGCAUUAACUCUAGAAAUGGAGCAGAGGACACAAGCUCGGACAAAGCCCGGGAUGGUAUUUUAAAAACUUCGGGGCUCAAAGAAAUCCCUGCACCCAAACUGUCCAAAUUCAGAGAGGAGCACAAGCUGAUGCGUAACCAAACCACAGUCAAAUCCAAGUUACCAGACUUGAGUGAAGCUGCUGAACAGGAAAAAGGUGACUGUCUUUCACCUGCGUCAUCUCCAAACUCACCCCCGAGCAGCGAGGAGACUAAGUCGGACGCCAUGCCACACAUCUCCGACGUCAUGCUGCGAAAACUCAAACUUCAUCGUGGACUUCCCGGCUGUCCCCCUCCUCUCACUGAAAAAGAAGUUGAGAAUGCGUUUGUCCAGCUGUCACUGGCCUUUCGUAAUGAUAACUACACCCUGGAGACACGCCUCAAACAGGCAGAGAGAGAGAGGAACCUGACUGAGGAAGAUACACAAAAAGAACUUGAAGAAUUCAAAGGCGCGCUGAAGAUGACUGCCCCACAGUGGCAAAACCUAGAGCAGCGUGAGGCCUACCAGCGGCUCAUUGAGACGCUAGCAGUAUUGCAUCGGCUGGCCACUCGCCUCUCAAGCAGAUCCGAGAUAGUUGGAGCAGUUCGACAGGAAAAACGCAUGAGCAAAGCUACCGAGGUCAUGAUGCAAUAUGUUGAAAAUCUCAAGAGGACCUAUGAGAAAGAUCACGCUGAGUUGACAGAGUUUAAAAAGCUGGCUAAUCAGAACUCUAAUCGCUGUUACGGAGGUUCCGUAGAUACUGGCGAUGAUGGAGUCUCUCGAGCUUCAAGAUCCAUGUCGCUCACUCUCGGGAAGGCGCUCCCCAGACGCAGGGUGAGUGUUGCCGUGGUGCCUAAGUUUAACCUACUGAAUAUCCCAGGGCAGACUCCGCCAGCUGCCACCCCCACUGCGCCGUCACCUUCCACUCCUGGUGCUGCUCUUCCUGCCUUGAGUGAAGCGAGUGAUGUGAAAGGAAACUCCUCACCAGAGUCGACACAGCAAGCGACAACAGAGUGUGGAAAGAGCGUGUCGGAGCAGGAAGGCGAGUCAGCCAAACCCGCCAUCAACUUGGAGGAGAUCAGAGCGGAAAUCAGGGCAGAGCUCAAGGCAAAGAUUGAGGAAGAGGCAUACAAUAAAGGCUACCAAGAAGGACUGAAGCAAAACAAAGCAAACCAGGAGGAAAAGAAUGAAAAGGAGAAAGAAGCUGCAGACAAGUUGCUGGAAUCAAAAAUAAGGGAUGAAGAAAGUGGAAAGAAGAUCAAAGCAAACCGAAGGAUGGAGGAGGUCCUGAUCCUUCUUCGUCGCAUUUGCCCCAAGAUUUCAUGGAGCAAACGGCUUCUCUGGAUCACGUUGGUGGUUUUUCUGCUGAUGUGUCUGUUUAUCAGCAUUUUCACUUUCUUCACUGGCUACAACAGCAAGCGUGAUGACACAUGA